GAGCUGCGGGCGGGCUGGCGAGCGUCCGGGCGAGGAGCCGGUCCGGGGCCGGCGGCGCGCGGCGUUCGCGGUCCAGCUGCAGGGUGUGUACGCCCGCCGGUGAGGCAUGCUGAGGCCAGGAGGCCGGCAGGAUGAGUGCGCACGAGGCUGGCAGCUCGGGCCGUCGGCAGCAGGCCACCUACCACCUGCACAUCUACCCGCAGCUGUCCACCACUGGGAGCCAGGCCUCGUGCCGUGUGACCGCCACCAAGGACAGUACAACAACCGACGUCAUCCAGGACGCCGUGGCCAGCCUGCGCCUGGAUGGCUCCAAGUGCUAUGUGCUGGUGGAGGUGAAGGAGUCAGGCGGGGAAGAGUGGGUGCUGGACGCCAACGACUCGCCCGUGCACCGCGUGCUGCUGUGGCCCCGGCGCGCACAGGACGAGCACCCGCAGGAGGAUGGCUACUACUUUGUGCUACAGGAGCGCAAUGCUGAUGGCAGCAUUCAGUACCUGCACAUGCAGUUGCUGACGCAGCCCACGGCAGCGAGGCGCCUUGUGGAGCGUGGGCUGUUGCCGCGGCCAGAGGCCGACUUUGACGACCUGUGUAACCUGCCAGAGCUCACUGAAGCUAGUCUGCUGCAGAACUUGAAGCUGCGCUUCCUGCAGCACAAGAUUUACACAUAUGCAGGCAGCAUCCUGGUGGCCAUCAACCCCUUCAAGUUCCUGCCCAUCUACAACCCCAAGUAUGUUAAGAUGUACGAGAACCAGCAGCUGGGCAAGCUGGAGCCACACGUGUUCGCGCUGGCAGAUGUGGCCUAUUAUGCCAUGCUGCGCAAGCGUGUGAACCAGUGCAUCGUCAUCUCGGGGGAGAGUGGCUCUGGCAAGACACAGAGCACCAACUUCCUCAUCCACUGCCUCACAGCGCUCAGCCAGAAGGGUUGUGCCAGCGGCGUUGAGAGGACCAUCCUGGGCGCAGGGCCCGUGCUGGAGGCUUUCGGGAAUGCCAAGACAGCCCACAACAACAACUCCAGCCGCUUCGGGAAGUUCAUCCAAGUCAACUACCUGGAGAGCGGCAUCGUGCGGGGAGCUGUUGUGGAGAAAUACCUGCUUGAAAAGUCUCGCCUGGUAUCCCGGGAGAAGGAUGAGCGGAAUUACCAUGUGUUUUAUUAUCUGCUGCUGGGUGUCAGCGAGGAAGAGCGCCAGGAAUUCCGGCUGAAGCAGCCUCAAGACUAUUUCUACCUCAACCAGCAUAACUUGAAUAUUGAAGAUGGAGAAGACCUCAAACAUGACUUUGAAAGACUCCAGCAGGCCAUGGAGAUGGUGGGCUUCCUACCUGCUACCAAGAAGCAGAUCUUCUCUGUCCUCUCAGCCAUCCUGUACCUGGGCAACGUCACCUACAAAAAGAGAGCCACAGGCCGGGACGAAGGGCUGGAGGUCGGGCCCCCUGAGGUGUUGGACACCCUGUCUGAGCUCCUGAAGGUGAAGCGGGAGACCCUGGUGGAGGUCCUGACCAAGAGAAAAACAGUGACCGUCAACGACAAGCUUAUCCUGCCUUACAGCCUGAGUGAGGCCAUAACUGCCCGAGACUCCAUGGCCAAGUCUCUGUACAGUGCCCUGUUUGACUGGAUUGUGCUGAGAAUCAACCACGCCCUCCUCAACAAGAAAGACAUGGAAGAGGCCGUUUCCUGCUUGUCCAUCGGUGUCCUAGACAUCUUUGGGUUCGAGGACUUUGAACGGAACAGCUUUGAGCAGUUCUGCAUCAACUAUGCCAAUGAGCAGCUGCAGUAUUACUUCACUCAGCACAUCUUCAAGCUGGAGCAGGAGGAGUACCAGGGUGAGGGCAUUGCGUGGCACAACAUUGACUAUACCGACAACGUGGGCUGCAUCCACCUCAUCAGCAAGAAGCCCACAGGCCUCUUCUACCUGCUGGACGAGGAGAGCAACUUCCCGCAUGCCACAAGCCACACCCUGCUGGCCAAGUUCAAGCAGCAGCAUGAAGACAACAAGUAUUUCCUGGGCACACCAGUCCUGGAGCCUGCCUUCAUCAUCCAGCACUUUGCGGGCAGGGUGAAGUAUCAGAUCAAGGACUUCCGAGAGAAGAACAUGGACUACAUGCGGCCCGACAUCGUGGCACUGCUGCGGGGCAGUGACAGCUCCUAUGUGCGCCAGCUCAUCGGCAUGGACCCAGUGGCUGUGUUCCGCUGGGCUGUGCUGCGGGCUGCCAUCAGGGCCAUGGCUGUGCUUCGGGAGGCCGGGCGUCUGCGUGCAGAGAGAGCUGAGAAGGCAGCAGCAGGAAUAAGUAGCCCUGGCACUCGAAGUCACAUGGAAGAGCUACCAAGAGGGGCCAGCACCCCUUCGGAAAAACUGUACCGCUGUGCAGGGCUAGAUUUCUCCUUUGACCGCUCUGAGGAGUUGGAUGUUAACGCUUUUGAGGACAUCAUGGCUUUCUAUGAGAGCAGGAAAGCGAGGGAGCAGAGCGAUAUGCAUAACCAAAUCAUCAAGAGCCUCAAAGGACUGCCAUGGCAGGGCGAGGACCCACGGAGGCUCCUUCGGUCCCUCAGUCGGCUCCAGAAACCCCGCACCUUCUUCCUGAAGAGUAAAGGUAUCAAACAAAAGCAGAUCAUUCCAAAGAACCUCCUGGACUCCAAGUCUCUAAGGCUCAUCAUCGGCAUGACACUGCAUGACCGCACCACCAAGUCGCUCCUGCACCUGCACAAGAAGAAGAAGCCGCCCAGCAUCAGCGCGCAGUUCCAGACAUCUCUUAACAAGCUUUUGGAGGCUCUAGGCAAGGCUGAGCCCUUCUUCAUCCGCUGCAUUCGCUCCAAUGCCGAGAAGAAGGAACUCUGCUUUGAUGACGGCCUGGUCCUGCAGCAGCUGCGCUACACGGGCAUGCUGGAGACUGUGCGCAUCCGGCGCUCUGGCUAUAGCGCCAAGUACACUUUCCAGGACUUCACGGAGCAGUUCCAGGUACUGCUGCCCAAGGAUGUGCAGCCCUGCAGGGAGGCCAUCGCUGCCCUGCUUGGGAAGCUGCAGGUAGAUGGCCGGAACUACCAGAUCGGGAAGACGAAGGUCUUCCUGAAGGAGACAGAGCGGCAGGCCCUGCAGGAGAGGUUGCAUGGUGAGGUCCUGCGCAGGAUCCUGCUGCUGCAGAGCUGGUUCCGGAUGGUGCUGGAACGCAGGCACUUCCUGCAGAUGAAGCAUGCUACCCUGGCCAUCCAGGCCUGCUGGCGGUCAUACCGUGUGCGCCGAGCGCUAGAGAGGACGCAGGCUGCUGUGUACCUGCAGGCCGCUUGGAGAGGCUACCUGCAACGUCAGGCCUACCUCCGGCAGAGGCAUGGUAUCAUCCGCCUCCAGAGCCUCUGCCGUGGCCAUCUGCAGCGCAGGAGCUUCAGCCAGUUGAUGUCGGAGAAGCAGAAGGCGGAGGAGCAGGCCAGAGAAGCCGCAGCGGAGACAUUGGAGGGCAGCCUGGGCCCCGCGGCCACCGUGGGGCAGCUGUCUGAGCAGCCAGUGGAGCAGACCAGGGACCUUGAGAGUCUGGGCAUGGAGGCUGAAACCCGGAUGAAUGACAGGUCCCCAGCUGGCACGUCCUCUCCUAAGAAGGAGGCUCCCAGCCUGGAGAAGGGAGCACCAACCCCCAAAACAGUGCCAGCAGAAAGCCAUGAGAAAGUCCCCAGCAGCCGGGUAAAGCGAGAGUCACGGCGGCAGCGAGGCUUGGAACACGUUGAGCUGCAGAACAGACACAUCCAGUCCUGCAGGGAGGAGAGCAGCACCCUCAGAGAACCUUCCAGAAGGGCCAGCCUGGAAACAGGGGAGAGCUUCCCUGAGGACACAAAGGGACACGGGGAAGAUGGACUGCCCUCGGGGGCACAGACCGAGGCUGCAGCCCACUCUCCUCUAAAGCAGGUGCAGGUUGUGGGAGCCCUACCUGGGAGCCCCAGUCCCAGUCCUGUGCAGCGGCCCACUAGCCUGGCCCUAGACACUAGGGUCACCCCAGUGGUCCCCAGCAGCACCCCCGAGUCCCCCAAGGAUAAGGCCAAGGGUGGGAACAGCCCCAAGGCUCAGGACAAGCCCGAGAGUCCCAGUGGCUCCACCCAGAUCCAACGGUACCAACACCAGGACACAGAGCGGCUGGCCACCGCCGUGGAGAUGUGGCGGGGCAAGAAGCUGAUAGCUACUGGUGGCGCCAGUGCCGUGCUGAGCCAAUCCCUGGACCUGAGUGAGAAGUACCGGGCUGCAGGGGCAGCCCUGACUCCUGCAGAAGAGAGGCGCAUCUCCUCCUCCACCAGUGACGUCUCCAAGCUGUGCCCAGUCAAGGUACAGACUCCAGCUGAAAUCGAUGGGGAGCCGAGCACCAAGAAGCCAGCCAUCCACAAGAAGAGGUCGGGAGAUGUGUCUGCUGGUCCUGAUGCAGGCCUGUCUCCAGGCUCCCAGGGUGACUCUAAAUCCGCCUUUAAGCGACUGUUCCUACACAAAGCCAAGGAUAAGAAGCCCAGCCUGGAGGGUGUGGAGGAGAUGGAGGGCAGUGGAGGGCAGGCGGCACAGGAAGUCCCCACCAAGAAGAGUCUAGAAGCACUUUCCACCCAGCAGCACCACCAUGGUGCCAGUGAAAAGCCCCUGAAAGGGAAGAAGAACCGAAACCGCAAGGUUGGCCAGAUCACAGUGUCGGAGAAGUGGCGUGAGUCCGUGUUCCGUAAGAUCACCAAUGCCAAUGAGCUCAAAUUUCUGGAUGAGUUCCUGCUCAACAAGGUGAACGACCUUCGCUCACAGAAGACACCCAUCGAGAGCUUGUUCAUCGAGGCCACUGAGCGGUUCAGGAGCAACAUUAAGACCAUGUACUCUGUGCCUAAUGGGAAGAUCCAUGUAGGCUACAAGGACCUCAUGGAGAACUACCAGAUUGUUGUCAACAACCUGGCUGCUGAGCGUGGGGAGAAGGACACCAACCUAGUCCUCAAUGUCUUCCAGUCGCUGUUGGAUGAGUUCACCCGCAGCUACACCAAGACUGACUUCGAGCCCACCAAGCAGAGCAAAGCCCAGAAGAAGAAGCGGAAACAGGAGCGUGCUGUCCAGGAGCACAAUGGACAUGUGUUUGCCAGCUACCAGGUGAACAUCCCGCAGUCCUGUGAGCAGUGUCUCUCCUACAUCUGGCUCAUGGACAAGGCCCUGCUGUGCAGUGUGUGCAAGAUGACCUGCCACAAAAAAUGCGUGCACAAGAUUCAGAGCUACUGCUCCUACACGGGAAGGAGGAAGAGUGAGCCGGGUGCCGAGCCGGGCCACUUUGGUGUGUGUGUGGACAGCCUAACCAGUGACAAGGCCUCCGUGCCCAUUGUGCUGGAGAAGCUUCUUGAACAUGUAGAGAUGCAUGGCCUGUAUACUGAGGGCCUCUACCGCAAAUCGGGUGCUGCCAACCGGACUCGGGAACUGCGGCAGGCACUGCAGACAGACCCUGCUGCAGUCAAGCUGGAAGACUUCCCCAUCCACGCCAUCACCGGGGUCCUGAAGCAGUGGUUAAGGGAGCUGCCCGAGCCCCUCAUGACCUUCGCCCAGUACGGAGACUUCCUCAGGGCUGUUGAGCUUCCAGAGAAGCAAGAACAACUGGCUGCCAUCUAUGCAGUCCUGGACCACCUGCCUGAGGCCAACCACACCUCUCUGGAGAGGCUCAUCUUCCACCUUGUCAAGGUAGCCCUGCUUGAGGAUGUGAACCGCAUGUCACCAGGAGCCCUGGCCAUCAUCUUUGCACCCUGCUUGCUGCGCUGCCCUGACAACUCAGACCCCCUGACCAGCAUGAAGGACGUACUAAAGAUUACCACGUGUGUGGAGAUGCUCAUCAAAGAACAGAUGAGGAAGUACAAGAUGAAGAUGGAGGAGAUCAACCAGCUGGAGGCAGCUGAGAGCAUUGCAUUCCGAAGGCUCUCCCUGCUGCGGCAAAACGCUCUAUGGCCUCUCAAACUGGGGUUUUCGUCUCCCUAUGAGGGGGUCCGGACCAAAAGCCCCAGGACCCCAGUGAUGCAGGACAGCAGCUUGGAGGAGCUGGAGGCCCUUCCCGAGGAGGCGGCAGGUGGCGACGAGGACCGAGAGAAGGAGAUUCUCAUGGAGCGGAUCCAGUCCAUCAAGGAGGAGAAGGAGGACAUCACAUACCGGCUGCCGGAGCUGGACCCACGGGGCUCUGACGAGGAGAACCUGGACUCGGAGACGUCGGCCAGCACCGAGAGCCUGCUGGAGGAGAGGGGCGCUCGGGGGGCCGUGGAAGGGCCCCCCGCACCUGCUCUCCCCUGCCCCAGUGUGCCCACCCCGAACCCCCUCCCCGCGGCCGCAGCCCCUCUACGCCGAAGGCCGACAUCCUUCGUCACGGUCAGAGUGAAGACGCCGCGGAGGAAUCCCAUCAUGCCCAUGGCCAACAUCAAGCUCCCGCCAGGCCUGCCCGCGCUCCUGACCAACUGGUCACCUGCUCUCCGGGAGGCCGCUGUUCCAGUAAGGCGCCGAGAGCCACCUGCCCGCCGCCAGGACCAGGUACAUUCUGUAUACAUUGCCCCCGGGGCUGACCUGCCGUUGCAGGGCGCCCUGGAAUCCCUGGACCACGAUGUCAGACUUCCUGAAGCCAAGCGCAGGUACUCGGACCCCCCUACGUACUGCCUGCCCCCCAGCUCCAGCCAGGCCAAUGGCUGAGGACCACGACAGGCAGUCUGCAUGUCCUAGAACCCCAGAUCUGGGUGCCCCAGCUGCGGAGCUGGCCUUUCGCGCUCUGAGAAGGAUCCAGAAUGAAAAGUGCCCAGAAGGAUGAGGUGGGCACCAGCUCUGUGUGAUGUGAAGGCUGGGGGCUGCUGGCCAGGAGCCCCAAUCUGCACAGCGGUGUCCUUUGUACUUAGUAACUGUCUCUCCGUUCAUGGUUUACAUAACUUUUAAGUCAUAACAGCCUUAAUGGAGGACCAAACCGUUAUUUUAUAUGUGUAUGUCAGGGCUUUUAUAUUAACUCUUUCCCACUUUUGUAACCUGAACGUGGGUGGGCCACUCCUGGUUGCUGUGCUCCACCCUGGCCAGUGGACAGUGGACUCGUAGGGCAUCUGUUGUCCUCCAGAAUGCCUCCCAGAACCGGCCACGUGGCCAGAGAACCUUCCAACGUUGGAGCUUCCUACAGGGUCACAGCUGCUGGCUGAAGACAGGAGUGGGAAGCCUGAAUGUAGCUCACAUGGCUCUGCCCACUGUGCCUUGGGGCUGCCUGCCCUGUGGGAUGCAAGGAGCCAGGGACUCCGGACCUUUAGAGGCAGAUGGCACAGCUCUGGAGCGCCUCUGCGGCCCCAGUGACAGCCUGUGUCCUUUACAGUUCAGCUCUCUUCUCUCAGGCUCUACCUGCUCCCUGGACACACAGGCCACCAGCCUGGGACCAACAAAACUCCACGGGAGACGUGAAAUAAAAGUGCUUGAGAAGGG